AUGUGCCAGCAUCAUCGAAAACCGAAAAGAGAUCCGUGUUCGGCUGCAAAUAAUAAUGAGGUGGGCUUUUUUGGGCGGGGAAAUUUAAAAAUUAAAAUUUUGAAGUGCAAAAUUAAAUUUGCGAUAAAAAUAUUGAUUUCAAAACUGAAAAUUGUCAAAUUUUAAAUCAGAAAAAAAUUGAACCAAAAGGACCCAAAUUAUGAACUUUUGAAAUUUGAGCUGAAAAAUUUAAAGGGUCAUAAAAGUUCAAAGAGCUUGGGUCUUGUCACGAUUUUUUGUGGAAAAGUUUAGAAAUCGUGACAAGACCCAGAAUAUGUGCCUUUAAAUUGUUAGCUCAAAAUUUAAAUGAACAUAGGAAUUGAAAAAGGUUGGGUCUCACCGCGAUUUUUCAUGUUUUGUUGCAGUUUUUGUGGAAAAUUUUAGAAGUCGUGAGAAGACCCAAAAGAUGUGCCUUAAAAAAAAGUUAAUUUCAAAAAUUACUGCGUUUUAGCUGGAAUUUAAAGGAACAUGAGCAUUUUGGGUCUCAACACGAUUAAGGCUGAUUUUUUUUAAGCCAAAAAAUCUCUCCUUUUUUCAGAUAACUGUCGAACAUACAGCCAUCAAAUGGACAGUUUCAUUCCAAUUGAAAAUGAUCAUCGGACAAGCCACUUUAACAUGUCGACUUUUGACAAAAACCGAUAAGUUGGUAAGUACAAAACAUGGUUUUUUUCUGCUGCUCUUUUUUUGAUAAUGUGUCAAUCAGAUGGUUUGGUUUGGAGGUAGACAAUGGGUAUUAAGAGAAGAAGAAUUUUUGUUUCAAAAAAAAAGAAAAAAUUCCAAGAUAAGAAAAAGUACUAUUUGAAGAUGAUAAUUCUUGAAUGCAGGAAUUAAAUUCGGAAACGAAAAAUCGUAAGAUCAAAAAACUUUCAGACUUUGGAUGUUCGAGACUUGUCGAUUCGCUCAGUUUCGAUAAAUGGAAGAGAUUGUGAUUUUCGAAUUGCUCCAAAUGUUUACACGUUUUUCGGCUCGAAAAUGACUGUCUAUUUGCCGCCGGAUUUGCAAAAGGAGGCGACUAUUCUGUGAGUGAAAAAAUUAAAUUUGAAAAAAAGUACGGUGCGCAGAAGCUUUUGUGUGCAUUUGUGCGUCGCGGUGUUUACACACUAUUAUAAUUUUUUUUUUCGUUUUCAGCUUUUUUGGGUUGAAAAUUAGAAAAUACCAAGUAAACUGUAGAUCAUUUUGUAGAGAAUUUCAAGAGCUUCAAAAUGAUACUAUUUUGAAAAUUCAAAGGCGCACUUGUGUCUCGCAGCGAUUUCUUCAAUUUCCAAUUUUCCAGCACCGUCAUUGUUCAAUAUGGAACAUCGCCCGAUGCAACUGCGCUCCAAUGGAUGAAAAAAGAGCAAACCGCUGACAAAAAGGUGGGCUUUUGGGGACAAUGUUCAAUUCUUUAUCAUGUGUUUCUUGGAAUUUGGAAAACAUUUCGGUUCAAAUGUUCAAAAAAUUAAUCAGCUGGGUGAUUUCGAUGAAAUAGAGAGAAAAGCGCAAAGUUUAAAAUGAGCAAUCAUGUUUUUUUGCAGGCUCCAUAUUUGUUUUCGCAAUGUCAAGCGAUUCACGCGAGAUCAAUUGUUCCUUGUAUGGACACGCCAUCGGUGAAAUCGACCUAUGAAGCUGAGGUUUGAAAAAAAAUUUGCCACGUCAUAACUCGAGAGUUUUUUUUUGCAGGUAACUGUGCCAGCUGGCAUGACCUGUUUGAUGUCGGCAAUUGGCCAAGGUUCAAAAGGCGACGAUGAAUCGACCACGUUUUUCUACAAACAACCCGUCGCAAUUCCCUCGUACCUCAUUGCAAUUGUUGUUGGCUGCCUUGAAAAACGCGACAUUUCGGAUCGUUGUGCAGUUUGGGCCGAGCCAUCGGUUGUUGAGAAAGCGCAUUGGGAAUUUGCGGAAACCGAGGAUAUUUUGGCGUCGGCCGAAGAGAUUGCGGGAAAAUAUAUUUGGGGAAGAUAUGAUAUGGUUUGCUUGCCCCCAAGUUUUCCGUUUGGUGGAAUGGAGAAUCCGUGUCUCACUUUUUUGACGCCCACUUUGAUUGUGAGUUUUUUUGGAUCGGCAUUGCUCAUGUUAUAUAAGAAUUUCAUACAAAAAUAUUGAAGAGCUGAUUUUGACGUCUCGGUGUAUUGCUCAUAUUUUUAAGGUGGUUGGAGAAAGUUGAAAAAAUUGGCCAUUUUUAGAUCUAGCUGUAUUUAAUUUCAAAUUGCAAACACUGCGACGCACUAUUGCGUACAGCAAAUUGAGGUCAAUCAGAGCCUUCGUGGGUGGUCCAGCUCAACCGGAAAAAAAUCGCCCUAGCCUAAAGUGCAUAAUUUUUAGCACAAAAAGUUUUCAAAAUGCAUUUAUUUUCCUCAAGCUCGAUUAAAUAUCUGAAUCCGACACGAAUCCAAUACCAGUUAGCCAAUCAUGCUCCGAAAUCGAUGUAUCAGAAUCCCAAAAUAAUUCGUCAUCAACCUCUCUUCCUAAAUAUUCGAUUGCUCUUUGUCGAUAAACUUCUCGUUUUUCUUCUAGACGAAUCACCAUUAGAAACGAUUUCUCGGUUAUUCGGAAUUUUGCAUAUCUCGUUUUUCCUUCAAUUUUCAAAUCAAACCAGAUAGCUUUGGGCCAAUGUGGAUCUCGUCCGCGGUUCAAAAAAUCAACGUUGAGAUUGAAUAUUGAUUCCGGAUCCCAACGUUCCUGAUUUUUGUGAUAAACGAGCCGCAUUUUCUUGACGUUUUCGUCGAGUUUUCCAUCAGCUACGGCUUUGAUAUAAUCGAUCAACAAUUUUGAAGUGGUUUUUAUAUCAUAUAAUCUCGACUUUCUCGCUUUGAUUUGAAGUAAUUGAUCAAGACUAAUUGAGUAGACCGGGAAAAUUAUGUUUUUCCGAAGUUUAGAGAGCUGAAAACAUAUAUUUUAUUUUUAUUUUUUCUUGAAAACAUUUCCCUAUUUGUUAAGACAAAAACAUACUAGCUCAAAAUUUUCGAAACUUUGCAAUUUUCGCCGAAUUGCUCGCAAAUCAUAAAUUCGUAAUGUCUCCAAAUUUCUUUGUUUCUCCAUAUUUUUAAAAUCAAGAACAUUUUUAUGAAACACGAUUUCAAUAUGCUUCAAAUCUCUCGAAUUGUUGAUGAGGUUUUGGAAGAGUUGGACGGGUUGCAUGAAGAUAUCCGAUUUUUCGAUUUCCCAUUCACGUUUGAGCUGCCUAUCGCUGAAAAAGAACUCUGGACCCACCAAAAAAUUGCUCCGUACUUACAUUCUAAAUGCAAUGCUUUGCGAUCCUUCUUCUUCAUAUUCCUCAAAAAAAUAUUCCAUGUGAAACUCCCGAACAUCAUCAUAAAAUUGAAAAUAUAUGUCAUACGACUCCAUAUAGCAUUCGACAAACUUUAUCGAUUUGAUAUAAUUUUGUGAGGUGAUAAUCUCCGCGUAGCACAUUUUUGAGCAUCUUGACAUUUUCGCCUUGCUAGGCAGAUCCAUAUGUGCAAUAAUUUGACAUCGAACGAGUUGUGGUAAAUUAUUCCAUUCAAAUUUUCCUCCUCUUUUUGCUGCUCUCCUUCUGUUUUUCAUUUUUCGCCCAUUUUUUCGAGUCAUGUUUAUCUAUUUAGAAAUGCUGGAUUUGGCCAGCAGCUAGACUACUUACCUCAUGUAGUCUACGUGUAAAAAAUUUUCACGCGAUGACCGAUUUGUGCAAAAAAAUUUUGAACAAAAUUAUUUAUUUUUGACGUGACCUUGACGUGGAAUUCUUUUUUUCAUUCCAAUUUCAUUUUCAAAAAAAAUUUCAGGCCGGCGACCGUAGUCUUGUCAGUGUAAUUGCUCACGAAAUCGCCCAUUCGUGGUCGGGAAAUUUGGUGACAAAUUCGAGUUGGGAACAUUUUUGGCUGAAUGAGGGAUUCACAAUGUUCAUUGAGCGGAAAAUUUGUGGUCGAUUGGUGAAUGAGGAUUAUCGACAAUUUAUGGCGUUCAAUGGAUGGACCAAUUCGUUGAUGCCAGCGGUGAGUUGGGCUAACUUGAGGGAAAAAAUGAAUCCGAAUUUAUUUUGGAAAAAUUUCUCGAAUUUUUGUUUGGCAGGGAAAUUUUUAAUCUCAAAAUUUUUUCCUAAAAAGUUAAAAAUUUUAAAAAUUCCUCAAAUCAUUUCUUAUGACAAAAAUUUAGCUGGAAAUUUUUUUGAGUUUACCUUAAAAAUUCAAAAACAAAAAAAAUUGCCCCAAGGAUCUGUGUGUGCAAACACUGCGACGCACUAUUGCACACACAAAUCCUUGGAGGCAAUUUGAAUUAGCUCUUAUUUUCCGAGCUCAACAUCUCUGAAAUUCCAGGUCUACGAGCAAUUUACACCAACUCACCAAUUCACAAAACUGAUCCAAGAUCACACAAACGUCGAUCCAGAUGUCGCAUUUUCAUGUGUUCCAUAUGAAAAAGGAUCAGCGCUCCUUUUCUAUUUAGAACAAAAAUUGGGCGGUGCCGAAAUAUUCGAGGAAUAUCUUCGAGAUUAUUUGAAAACAUUUGCACAUCAAGCAAUCGAUAGUUAUCAAUGGAAAGAGCAUUUGUAUCGAUAUUUUGCGGAGAAGAAAGAUGUUUUGGAUACUGUCAAUUUUGAUAGCUGGUUUUAUGGAGUUGGGAUGCCGCCAGUUACACCAAAGUGAGCGUUUUUAGAUGUUUUUUGGGAAUUUUCAGUAAUUUAACCCGAAUUCGGAACAUUUUGUUCAAUCCAUCAAAUUAAUAAUUUGAAAUAUCGACUUUUUCUGAAUAGAAAUUUUGGAACGUAUUUUUUCCGGGUUGAUUUUGUCAGAAAACUAGAUGAGAAAAAAUUUUUUUGUGAAAAAAAUUUGAAUUUGAAUUUUUUCAGCUAUGGUCAAGCGAUGGCUGAAGCGUGUGAAGUUGUAUUAAAAGAAUGGCUUUCUGCAGACGAAUCGAAUAUUUCGGAGAUUACUGUAGAUGCCUACAGUAGUAUGCAACCAUUACAACAAAUUGAAUUGCUUUCACAAUUAUGGCAACACGAUCCACCAUUGGAACAUUAUAAAUUGGAGGCAUUGAACAAUUUGUAUAAAUUGAAUGAGAGUCAGAAUAGUGAAUUGUUGUUGAAGUGAGUCAGGGGGAGGUUUAUGACGUCACAAAAUUGAGACUUGAAAAUUGUUCAAAAUUAAAAUUAUUUGGAAUAAUCCUUUUGAAAUUAAUUAGGAAAAAAAAAAGAUUUUUUUGAAAUUUAAAAAUUGAAAAAUUGGAACUUCAGAGCCUUGAAAAAUGCGUUCAAUAUUUUUGAAUUAAAUUUUGAAGGCCUAUUAGAAUUUUUGAACAUUUUCAGGUACAAAUUUUUUAAAAAUUUUUUCAAGAAAUAUUAGAAUUCGGGAAAAAUUCCCGAAUUAAAAAAAAUAUUUAGAAAAAACCUUCUAGAAUUAAUCAGGAAAAUCAGAUUUUUUUAAAUUUGCUCGGGGAAAUUUCUCAAUUUUGAAAAUUCAAUGAAAAUAUGACGUCACAAAGUUUAGGCCUUGAAAAAUAGGAUCUAAAUUUUUAAAAAUUAAUUUUCAAUUUUUUUUAGUUUCUGGAUAUUUCGGGGAAAUUUCUCAUACAUUUAAAAUUGAAAAAUUGAUGAAAAAUUUUUUGAAUCAAUUUCUAAACUUUUCCCUAAAUUUCUCAAAAAAAAAACCAAAAAAAAUUAUUUUUUAAAAUUUUCAAGAAUUAUUCUUAAUUUUCUCAUCAAAAGUUCUAGAUCCCAAAAAAAUCUUCUUUCAAUUUUGGUGGAGCUAAAUUUGAAUUAAAAACUUCUAAAUCAUGUUCCAAAGUUUCUAGGAUCUCUAUACUAAAAUGAGCAAUCAUUUCCAGUUUUUUAUGUUUCAGAAAUUUCUCCAGAUUUUCUGAAAUCUGUUGAAAAAAAUCAAAUUUUUCUAAUUUUCCAGCUGGCUCCGCCUCUGCAUCAAAUCCAAAUGGGAACCCUGCAUCCCAAAAGCACUGGAAUUCGUCGCCUCCCAAGGCCGCCUCAAAUUCUGUCGCCCAAUCUAUCGAGAUCUUGCCGCUUGGCCAGUUGCCAACAAAAAAGCUCGUGAAGUCUAUUUAAGAGGACGUGGACAAAUGCAUCCAAUUACGGCCGAAAUGAUUGCUAAGGAACUUCAUAUCAGACAUUCUACACAUACUGUAUGCUUUUAA